AUGAAGAAAGAGGAGAGUGAGCAAAGACUCAGUCAGAAGAACAACAUCAUGAUCGUUUUUCUCUGGAUAAGCUUCAAUCUUAUUCUGGUUUCAGGUAAUGGAAUAGUGACUCUCUUCACAUAUUUGUUCUUUGUCCUCUUAAAGUUAGUUUGGUAUGAAAAGGUUUGUUUACAUUUUUUGAGCUUGGUUUUCGUCAAUGAUUAUAUAUUGUUGCUGUUUCUGCAGGUUCUUCUGAUGGAAAAGAAGUCAUCCAGAAGCCAGAGAGAAUUUUCAGCAACCAGGGACAAUCAGUCGGAUUAACCUGCAGACAUGAAAUUGAUAACUAUGACCGUAUUCUCUGGUACAAGCAGGUGGAGAAUAAAGAGAUGCAGUUCCUGGGAUAUAUGUAUUCUGUUGGAUAUCCUGAAGAUGAGAAAAAAAUGGACAUAACUGGGGGUGCACGCAAAAGUCAGAACUGCACAUUAACAAUCUUAAAAGUGGACCUGAACAGCAGUGCAGUGUACUUCUGUGCUGCUAGUUUACACAGUCGUACAUAUCGCUGCUCCUCAAUACAAAAACCUUCAUCUGCACACAUUAAUUCAUCUCUAUGACAGCAAACAAACUCCCACAAACACCUGCAGUCAGCCCUUUGAACCAGCACUGCUCUACCCAUUCACAGAGAUCAGAUAUUAAACUAAAGAGUCAGUGGAUCGAACAUCCUGUUACGAACAGCAGCAUGAAACCUCAUCACUAUGACUGAACUAUAAACAGAGUUUCAACCCUCUGACUGGUUCAGCUUUUUCAUGUUGGGAGAUUUGACUGUAACUCCGCCCACUUUUGAAGGCUGUGUGUAUUUCACCAAGUGAGGAGGUAGAGACCAUCACUCACCCAGCCCACCAUAUAAAACCACUAAAACACAGACUGUAUGUAGACUGAGCUGAGAUUCAGGUGGAGAACAACAUCAUGAUCCUUCUCCUCUGUCUAACCCUUUAUGUUCAAACUGUUUCAGGUAAUGGAAGGUCUUUUUUUUUUUGGAAACCUAAAUUUAGACUCAAUUUUUUUAUAUUUUUGCACAAAUGGUAACUGUGUAUUAUUCCUGUUUUCACAGGUUCUUCUUACAGUGAUAAUAUAACCCAGACUCCUGGUGACAUCUUUACAAAAACAGGAAACCCAGCCAAAAUGACCUGCAGACACACUGUUAGUAGCUUUAACAGGAUCCUCUGGUACAAACAGUUGAAGAGAAAAGAGAUGCAGUUCCUUGGGAACAUGGUUGGAGGUAGUGCUAAACCUGAGGAUGAAACAGUGAAGAUCGAGGGGAACGCAAAUGCAAAUAAAAACUGCACAUUGACAAUUUUAGCGGUGGACCUGAACAGCAGUGCAGUGUAUUUCUGUGCUGCUAGUAUACACAAUGCUUCAUAUCUUUGCUUCUCAAUACAAAAACCCUCUGAUGUUGUGUUUAGUUCAUCUCUGUGUCACAGUUCACCACACCUGUAUCAAAGCGCUGUAACCGUUUUCUUUUCCUCUCCCUGA